UGCCCAAACUCGUGGCACGGCAGGGCACAAACUUUUUCCGGCCGUGUGCAACCCACUGAUCUUUGUCUCACGCUUGCACCUACCGCGCCACCUGGCCCAUGCCGUUGCCUCGCACUCACACUCCCACUGCAGACUUGCGGCCGGCGCCCGUGCGCAAGCCUUAUCCGGCAGGCGAAUCCACCUUUCCCACCGACUUCGCCGCACCGAUGCAAACCCUGAAUCUGAAUGGCCAGUAGCUGAACUGCACCUGGGAUUGGGGAAGGAGCGGCAGCCAGCAGGGUGGCGCGGCGCCGGGGAUGGCGUCCAGGACGCGUUCCUGCACCAGGUGCCUGGCCAGCCUCGUGCUCCCCUUCCUCUUCUCCACCUCCCUCCUCUACCUGUCCACCAGGCAGCCGGCGCUCGACAUCGCCGUCCGCGAGGAGGCCGCCGCCGGCAGGAUGCGGCUGAUCGUGGACCGCGCCGCUGCCGCUGUCGAGGCCAACGCCACUGCCACGACGGACGCGGUGGCGAACAAGUCUAACACCGAUGUCCUGGCCGACGCGCCCCCGGCCUCCGGCGACGCCAAUGUCACGACGUAUGGUGUGCAGGCUUCUGACAUCGCUGCGGUUGCAGCGGAAGGCGGCGAUGCCAAGGUCGCGACCGACGCGGCCCCGGCGUCCGGCGCCGCCGCCGCCGGUGCCACAAUCCGCACGGAAGAGCUGAGGGCGUCGGACGACGCGGCUACUACCGCCGGCAGCAGCACGAACGGCGAGCCUGACACCGUCGUGUUCGACUUCCGGCCGUACGUGCUCGUGUACAAGGGCGGGCGCGUCCACCGCUUCCUCGCCACGGACACCGUCCCGCCCGGCGUCGACGCGCUCACGGGCGUCGCGUCCAAGGACGUGGCCUUCGGCGCCGACACCGGCGUCAGCGCGCGGCUCUACUUGCCCCCCAGGAGCUGGCGCGGCGAGGCGACGAAGCUGCCCGUGCUGCUCUACUUCCACGGCGGCGCGUUCGUGAUCGAGUCGCCGUUCUCGCCGCUCUACCACGCGUUCCUCAACAUCCUCGUCCACAAGGCGGCCGCCGUGGCCGUGUCCGUCAACUACCGCCUCGCGCCGGAGCACCCGCUCCCGGCCGCGUACGACGACGCGUGGGCGGCGCUCCGGUGGACGGCGUCCAACUGCCUGUCGGGGCCGGAACCGUGGCUCGCCGGCCACGGGGACGCCACGCGCAUCUUCCUGGCCGGCGACAGCGCCGGCGGCAACAUCGCCCACAACCUGGCGGUGCGAGCCGGGGCGGGGCGCCCGCUGCCCGGCGGCGCGGCCGUCGCGGGCGUGGCGCUCCUGAACCCCUACUUCUGGGGCAAGGAGCCGGUGGGAGCGGAGCCCGGGGAGAGGUGGGCGCGCGACGGCCUCGAGCAGACCUGGGCGCUCGUGUGCGGCGGCAGGUUCGGCAUCGACGACCCGCACGUGAACCCGCUGGCCGCGCCGGGCGCGUGGCAAGCGAUGGCCGGCGGGCGCGUGCUGGUGACCAUCGCCGGGCGGGACAACUUCCGGGACCGGGCCGCGGCGUACGCGGAGGGGCUGAGGAAGAGCGGGUGGCGAGGGGAGGUGGAGACGUACGUGACGGAGGGGGAGGCGCACGUGCACUUCGUAGGAAACCCGAGGAGCGAGAAGGCCGAGCGGGAGACGGACAAGGUGGCUGAGUUCAUCGCCGGCAGUGGCCGCGGCCGUGGCUAGGCCGUAGUCUUCUGCGACGAUGGGGUCCUGCUGCAAGCGAAAGUGCUAAUGCACAUCUAGAGGCGCACCUUUUUUUUGUCACUGUAUAGAUUUCAGCACAAUUCUGAGUCAUACAACAUCGACUUUAGCUCACUUUAGAUCUACUUUGUGCUAAUUAGAUCUACAAAGAUCACUUAUGGUUAAUUUGCCUUA